AUGUCCAUAAUUAAUUCUUCUGCACUCCCAUCACUGCUCAAAAAUCAUUACAUCCUUCUCAGACAUGGUCAAUCAAAGGCAAAUGUUGCCGGUGUGGUAGUGUCAAAACCAGAGAAUGGUUGUGCACCUGCCUCACUAACCGGAUUUUCCCCGGGUUCCUGUGAUGAUAAUGGUGGAUGGGGAUUAACUGAACUUGGAAAGGAGCAAGCUAAAAAUGCCGCUCGAAAUAUCUUGGAAUAUCUCCUCACUUCACACCGCAUUAGCGGCGAUACACCCGAACCAUCACGAGAACCUGAUCUUGUGCUAAAAAUUUACACUUCGCCAUUCUCAAGGGCUCUCGAAACCGCCUCAAUUGUGCACGACUAUUUUUCUAAUUACAUUCAAGGUUCCGAAGGUGAUUUAACGUCUGCGAACGCCCCGAGACAUAUUGUUUUGUGUCCCACCGUCACCACGGUUCAAGAUCUGAGGGAGCGGAAUUUCGGAAUUUAUGAAUUCAAAACUAGUCGUGAAUCCUAUAACAAAGUUUGGGAACUGGAUAAUGCUAUUGAAUGUAGAGACGAAGAUGAUGGGUACGAUGAUAUUUUAAAAAGGUACAUUGAAGUCGAGGUUGAAAAUUGUCAACAAGUUCAGGCACGCAUGUGCGGUGUGGUUAGAAAAAUCGAAUUGAAUUUCGAUUUCAAGGAGACCGAAAAUAUUGGGCAAGAGGAUCCAGAGCGAAUAACGGAUGGCCGGAGGGAAACAGGAUCCAAAAAUGAACCGACAGAAAGUGUAGCAAUAUUGGUGGGCCACGGGGAUCCAUUGAAAAUUCUGCAAGCUUCUUUUGAGGGCAUGAAACCGACCGCCCAUAGAAAGUUGAGUUAUUUGGGAAAUGCCGAAUGGAGAUUUUUCUAA